AGCAGCACUCCAGACGAGAGACGAGAGACGGGCUGCACAAGCUGCAAUAAACCUGUAAAACUUUAAACAUGGUCAUGAAAAAAAUGUGGAAAUUAGGAGGAAGGAGAAAACCUCAGAGGACUGACAGCAGGAGAGCUUUGAUGGAGGAUAACAAAGAAGUGCAAGAUGGAUGCGGCCACGCAGGUAAGGGGCAGGACGGCCCCUCGGCUCAGGACACCUUCAACACCAACGAGCAGCAGCUUUUUCAGAUUUCUGAAGAGGUCACGCUCCAGAAACUGGCUGAACUUCUCGGUGUGGCCUGUCCCGACAUCACCUUUGAGGAUGGAUCUUGCAUCUCGAUCCGGCCCGAGACCAUUUCAGGACAGCAGGACGUGAAACAGAGCGUCGUUCGCAUCAUACAAAGAUCUGUGUCCCAGCGCUUCCCAAAGCAACCGGCAGAUCUGGACCAGAACCUUCAGCGGCACCUGUUAAACGUGCAGGAAACUGUGCGCGAUGAGCUUGUGAAGCUGGCUCCCCUGCUGGACAGCAUGGGGCUGAUGGGAUGUCUGAUCGAUUGCUACCAUCGCCAGACAAUUGAUCACCUCAGCGAUCUGCUCCAGAACACCCGCUCCUCCAGGAAUUCCCUUGUGCUGAUGAAGUGGGUCCUACAUACAUAUCUGAGUCAGGAGCUGCUGGAUCAUCCUGACCUUCGAGAAAUGGAUCCCAUAAAAAAAGUCGACUUCCUGCUGUUCACUGAAUGGGUCGCGAAAGCCAAUGACAAACUGCUUGAAAAUGUGCAGGAAGAGGUCAGUGGGUUCCUGGAGAAAAUCCUGCAGCUUGAGAGACGGCAGGAAGGUGAUUGCGACGAAGCUUACGUUGGACUUUAUGUGGACACUAUUCAGUGCAUCGACGCCAUGCCCAAAGAAGCACAAAGAAUCAGCUCAGAACUGUCCGAUCACGUCCGGGCCGUUUGUUUCCAGGAGCUGCUCACGUUUGUGCGUAGGUACACUGCUGAGCAGACUGAGAUUCUUGAAAAAGAAGCAAAACUGGACAAACCAGAAACAACACACUUCUUCAAGACUUUGAACAGCUGUGAAAAACUCAAGCAGCACGUCCAGACCAGCGGUGAAGGCGUCAGAAGAUCCCUCCUCCAGGAAACUGUGGACACGCUUGAACACAUGGAGGCUUUUACUCUGAAACUUGUGCUGGAGAUGGUAGCUGACCUUGCAGAGAGUCACCUCAAGAAUUACUUCAAAAUGGAGAACAAGCAGUUCCUCUCCUUGAUCGUCGCAGUACAGGCGUGUUUCCCCAAGCUGUCGUGGUGUCAGGACAUACAAAAGAGGGUGAUGGAUAAGGCCUACAAGCGUAUCGCUCACAUUUACCUCAAACAUCUCGUCCGAAGCAGCCAGAAGAGACUGGCGAAGUGCUGGAGUCCUGACGUCGGCCGAGCAGUCGCCGCAGACGCUGCGGUGCUUCACAACACCAUCUCAGACCUGGCUCCUGGUGUCCAGCAGUGGAACCUCCUGCUGCUGAGAAUCUCAGAGCUGCUGGAGUGCAAAGGCAUCGACGUGGUGAAGCUCACAGUGGCGAGCAUGCAGAAGGACUGCCCCACGUGGAGCGAGGACCAGGAUCUCCUGCCGGCCCUGCUCCGGUGGAAGGGUCUCUCCAGAUGCCAGGUACGAGAGGUGCUGGACGCCCUUCCCGGGCAGGAACCCAAACCCAGAUCUACAGCCUGGUUCUCCUGUUUUGGCUGCUGCUGAAGGCUGAGCUGCUCUGCAGAGCAUCAACAGCAACAAGCGGAGAAGACGACAGAGCUGAGUCUUGUUAGAAUCCACUCCAUUACUGCUGUUACUACGCAAAUCUGAGCUGAGGAUACGGAUCAAAGUACAGAAGCUUGGGUUAGCCUAAAUGUCACCAGUCUCCUUACAAAUGCUGUUGUCAUUCCAGGAAAAGUGAACUGGUGUUUUUAAAGUCUUGUUUGCCAGAAUGUCUUGUUCUUAUGCAAAAAGUUUGCAUUUCAAUGCAUUUGCUUGCUUGUAAAUUUAUGUUUUUGGUUUUUUUUUGUCACUUCAGCUUUUAAACCAUCAAAAGCCUGUGCAAAAAAACAGAUCUACUUCGGCUCAAUAGGUUUAGUUGCUUGCAUGUUUAUGUUUUUAAAUAUUGAGGUGGAUCAUGGUUGAGGGAGAGUCACAUGAUGCUGCAGGAUGUUUGCACACCAUUAACAGUAGAAUCUGGUUCCGUAGGUGAACUGAAGUGUCACAUCAUUUCUACAAGAUUUUUAUGUUGAGCUCUGAUGAUCAAAAGACAAACACAAGCAAUUUAAAACGUAGGUCCUCAAAGUGUGUUCCUCAGUGGCGGCCCUCAGAAACAUUUAGCGUGGCCCCUGAAUGUGACGUGCAUGCAUGUGUUAUAUUCACAUCAUCUGCAGUCAGUCAUGAAAACUGUGAGAACGUCUGAUUUAAAGAGACUGAAUCAGAGAGAAAAGUUUACUUUUUCAUCUGCUGCAGUCACAAAAUGUCUUUUUCUUCGUGUCAAUCUCAGUUUUGACUUUACUUUUAGUUUGUUUGCUGUCAUUUGCUUUGUGGACCGUCCUCUUAACUCAGAGGUAGACAGUUAGCUGCUGAUGCACCGUUUCUUCAUUGUUAAAAGUUAUUACAUGGGGAAUUUUCCAACAUGUUAUUAUUUAUUAUUAUUUAUUAAGUUUUUAUUUAUUUUUUUAUGACACUAUGCAAAUAUUUUACAGAAGCUUCCCAGUAUUGACUAUCCUACAAUAUCAAACUUUCCUGUUAAAAGCAAAGAUUCUGCUGUUUUUGUUGCCUAUCAAACACUUCUGAAUUAUACUUGAACUACAGAUUCUGUUUUAACUUGAACCUUUUUAUCGACUUCAGGAGCUGGGCUCGGCACUUUUUUUUUGUCUGUGAUUUCUACGAGUUAAACUUUUUAAUAAUACAUUCUACUGAAACCAAACAAGGUACUUUUUGUGUGUGAUGUGCUGGUUUGGUUUACUGGGUUUCAUUCCUUCUUUAAUGUCGGUACAAAGUCAUAUCUUCUGCUUCAGUGUAACACUUAAUGCAUUUGUACUUUUUUAAUGUUAUAUACUGUAUUUAUAUAUGGUGAUUGUUUUGUUGAAACGCUUAAAGAUUGGAUAUUUGGCACAUUUCUUUUUCUGUCAGUAAUAAAUGUCAG